AUGGUCCAAGUCACUGUCCGGAACGUCAGUGGCCAAGAGCUGGAGCUAGAGCUAUUUGACACAGAAACGGCCUUCGACGUGAAGCAGAAGAUUCAAGCACUCUGGGGCCUUCCGCCAGCUUGCCAAGAGUUGGUCUUGCAAUCGACGUUACGUACCAUCGCGGACGCCUACAGCUUUGCCACUGGCGAAGAGCUGGAGUUGCUGCUCAUCUGCUCAUUGCGGGAGGUGUGUGCCCGCCUGGGCAGCGGCAGCGUGACCAAGCGAGCUUCGGCCUUGAAAGAUCUGGCGGCGGUGAGGGGUCAUGCUUCUGCGGUCGAUGACCCCAAUGCUCACGUGCGAGACCGAGCAGUCGACGCUAUCCUCCAGGUCGCCAACAUCGGCAAUCAGUCAGUCUUGGACGUGGCAAACCGAUUGUUGGACACGCAGGAAGCAGAGUUAGGCCUGCGCCUGAUUGCGGGUGUCGCCCCGCGAGGCACGGGAGCCCCUGAGCCCUAA